AUGGACUGUAUUGCCGCUCCCGUGACCCGGUUGCCGGUCUUCACCGCCUCGCCCCAACUGGGAAAUCUUCGACUUCUUCUCUUUCUUUUUCUUCUUUUUCUUUUUCUUUCUUUUUUUUUUUCUUCCCUUUGGCUGGCUAGAUUUCAUACAAUCAACCACGAGAAGAUGGAAAAGACAGCGCGGACGAAGAGAGAGAAGAAGCGGACGAAGAAGAAAAUCUCUGCAGACCGAGGAACGGAUGGUGAUACCGGGAUACGAAGUGGUUGUGUUGUGCAAGAAGAGGCUCCGGAGGCUGCUAAUUUAAAAGUCGACUGUGGCGAAGAGAAGUUUUACCUCCGGCCAUGGCAGUGGCAUCCCAUAACAUCAUAG